UUGCACGCAAUUGGUAAUUUAAGAAAUGGCUUCUCAUCGUUCAGCUUUUAAGGAAUUAAAUCAAAUGCCGGCUAAACUUAAAGAAGAUGUAGAGUGUUGGCAUCACUUAAUAACAAAUGGCAACAAACAGUUGACAAGUUACGCCAAAACCUAUAGCUUUAUUUUAAUGCAUCAAAAUGAAUUGAACUGCGGCGACAGGAAGACAACGCGUCGCACACAAGAGAGUAUAGAUCACCUAUCGGUGCGCCUGAAUAAAAACAUUUUCGUACUAAAGCAUAUACUGGAAGCACUGCGUCUAACCCGGGAUCGCAUCGAGUACAUGUGGCAACGUGUGCGCAUAUGGAACGAUGAUGCGCACUUGAAAAAUCAUCGCAUUACGCAGAAGCUCAACACAAGCAAACUGCACAACUUGUUGUUGUUUUUGCACAAGCGCUACGAAUAUGAGUGGGAGGUAAAGGAGAUGGUUGUGCUGGGCCUUGAUGAUGACAACGUCGAGUACGAUGUGGAAAUAUUGUUGGCAGCUUGGAAGACAAAUCGUCAUGCGGGAGGCUUUGAAUUCAAUGCAAAGCUCAAGGAAUUCUAUUCCAGCAUUGGUCAGCGUCGCCCCAAAUUUUUAAAGUAAAGUAAAACUAAGCU